AACACAGGAUCGAAAGCGUGGUUGCAAAUAGAAAGUGUGGCUUAAUAACUAUAACUAGGACCUCAUCGAAUGAUGUACUUACACUAUUUCAUUUCAGCUUUCAAACCUUCUUUUAUAUUCUGAGGACAGCUAAAAAGGCCACUAGCCCGAAUCCCCGGUGUGUCUUUUGUGACACACCACUUUUUGUCCGUCACAGGAAACAGUGGAACACAAACCAAACCAAUACUAAAAUUUUUGGGGGGAAAGCAGAACAGAGCAAUGGUUUGUGAGGAUUCCUCAUCGCAAACUGCUCCAUCACCCGAACUCUUCAGAAUCGCUUCGUCUUCUUCUUCUGCCGAAUCCAACUUUCGUGAACUUGAUGAUGCAUUCCUCCAGACUCAAACGAGAAUCUGGCUAGGAGAAGUGUUGCAGAUAAGACUAGAUGAGCAACUCAUUAUAUCAGAACUACUUGCUGAUGGAGAAUUGCUGUUUCAAGUAUCAAAAGUGGUGUGGAAAUUGCUGUUGGCAAAGCAUAUGGAGUUAAGGCAUAUUAAAGCAUACAAAAUCCAGCCAUUUGCUUCUAAGAAAAACAUUGCGAGAUACAGGCCUUAUUCUAAUGUUGAUUCAUUUCUGAAGAUUUGCAAAAUUUUGGGAUUGACUGGCGUUGACCUCUUCUCUCCAUCAGAUGUAGUUGAGAGAAGAAAUACUCGAAAAGUUUGCAUGUGUAUACGCUCAUUCUCCAAAAAAUCUAGAUCUAUGAAUAUAAAUGUUCCAGAUUUUGACAUUGUGACCUGUAUGGUGGCCAUGCCCAAGGAUUUGGUUGGAUGCAGGCGUAGAAGCAUAGAGCUAUCACACAGCAUCCUUGCUGAUUCCUCCGGUAGCUAUUACUUACAAAAGCAUGAAAGAAGAAAAUCUAGACAGGGUUACCCCAUUACAGACUCCACCAAAGAUUAUGAGACAUAUUCAGAUCAAUCUGGGAAUACAGAAAACAAACCUCUAGUGCUUCAAUUUGAUGACUUACAUACUGAUGACUUGUAUGAUUAUUCAUCAGACAUAAACAACAGCAUAGCCUCUCCAAUGGUUGAACAUGUUUAUUUGCCCGAAGAGUUAGAUCAAUUGGACAUCCAAAACCAACGGAGAAAUGAAAUAUUUAAUGAUGACUUUGAGUUGCUAUGUUCAAUGGAAUCAUUGCAAUAUCAUUGCUCUGAGGAUAUAGAGCAUGAUUGUGAGCUGACUUGGUCAUCAUCUCCUACCAGUGGGGAUUUACAUGCCGACCUUAUUGAUAUGACAUCUCAUUUAGAUACUGGAAUGGAACAAGUCCAAGAAAGUAGAAGUAUUAUGGACUUUGAUUACUUUGAGCAUGUGUCGUUAAGCAGUAAUGCUUCUGUCAUUGUAACUCCUAAGAAUGACAAAACACCAGGUAAAAGGGAUGCUAGCUUGCUAACAAAAGAUAGGAAGGACACUGAUCUGUUUAAUGAAGAAAAUAGUACACCAAAUGUAUAUCAAAGUGCCAGCUCUCAUGGUUCAAAUCCAACUCCACAGACUGCUGAAAAUGGUAAAUUAUUUGAAAUUGGUGAUGACAAUGAGGCUCUGCUAGUAGCUUGCAUGAACUGUUAUUCAAGGGAAGUGCUGAACUUGGGAGAUCAAGUCGAUGCACAGAACAAUUUUAAGAAUAUUGAGUCUUUCAAAGUGCACAGUGACAAGAAUGGUCAAUGGGACAAGAUAAAAGAAGAACAUGAAUCUCAAGGCAUAGUAAAAUGUAAGGACAUGCUGUAUCAAAUCAUUUCUAGCGCAGGAUAUUCUUAUUCUGUAAAGAAAUUUGAGGAAACUGAGACUUUGUUAUAUUCACCUGGUUGUUACUUCUGCAAUACUAAUUCUCUAGAUGGAAUUGUUCCUCAUAGCAAUGAAGCUAGCUCAACUUCACUGAAAAUGUUUCUAGCAUAUGAAGAGAGAGAUUCUCAACUUGAUUUGGAUAAUGCUAGUUGCUACCAAUCUCAGGAGUCACUGUCCUGUCAGUCUUAUGAUUUACCUGAGUCUUGUAAAUGGGAUCAGAAAGGAAAAUGUGCUAUAACAUCAUAUAAAGAUGAGAAAAGUUCGCAUAUUUUGGAGGAUGGAUCGCGUGAGGAAAUUACACCUUGCAAACAAAAAGCUUCUGAAGUCUUAAUGUCAACUGUUGUUAAGUUGGACACUGAUGGUAAAGAGCUAAGCAUUGACUCUCUGGCUCUGGCCUCAAAUGCUCUAGCUGCUGAUGACUGUGAAAAAUGUUCCACUCUUGGGGAUGACCCUAAUGAUUUCUUCAAAGGUGACACAACUGAAGACAAUGAAGAGCAAGGUCAGAGAGUGCUAGAUAUGUUAACCAAUGGAGUUGUAGUUCCUGCCAACUGUGAUGAUGACAUACCAAGUCCUGAAUCUUGUAUAAACUCAAAACUUGAAUUGAAUGGUGAUCAUCAAGCAUGUCAAUAUGAAAAGGAUCCUGUUUAUCGUUCAGAACAUACUCGUGUGGUGCAUCUUAAAAAAGAAAUAAAACCAGAAGAUGAGAGGGUGCACAUAUUUGAAAAUUUAGCUGGAACAGAAGAGGAAGGUAAAGAAAUACCAAAAGCAAAACCUCAAAAGAGGCUACUGCUAAGAUCAGUAUUGGGUGGUGCAGCUGCUGUUGGUUUGUUAUUCAUGAUUAUGCACCUAAGGAGGAAUGGCGGGGAAAAAGCUCCACAACCAAGUAUGGCAUCUAGUCAUAAAGGCAAAGAGAAGAUUCAGAAAAAAUCUACUCGGAAAGUAAAGAGAAGUACAACGAAGGGGGUUUAUCCCGCUGAAAGGAUCAAGUUAAAGUGAUUAGGAUUUGGGUCUCUUAUAUUCAAAUAAUGAUAAUUAUUGAAGGAAAAAAAAGGUAAUAGUUUCAACUCGUUGGUUACACAUUCCAGUUAACUGAAGCUAUAUACAACAAAUGGACGAGAAUAUACAGAUA